UUGGAGAAGACAAAGUGAAAUGAUGGUGGUCGGCUCUCAUGAGACUGUGGCCUUGAAAAAUCAAAUCUGCAGUGGGGAGGGGGAUGGUUAAUCGCGGAACGGAAUGGCAGUGAUGGAAUUACGAUCGACAUGACAGGGGCUGAUUUGGUAUUUCGCCUCCCGCUGGAGAAAGUUAUUUAGGUUACCGGCCCAAAGAAAAGGGAAAUUACAAAAUGACGGUCCCAUACUUUUUACUGGGUCACAUGUUUGGUCCUUGAAUUUUUCUCGAAUCAACAUUUCCAUUUUCGCGGCCAUAAGGUAGGGAGGGGAACGUGUUCUCCGCCUCAUCAGUGGGAAUCAACUCAAGCAAUCGGUAAAGUUGAGUCGACGAUGAUUGGGGUACGUGUGAUGAUGAACCCUCCUUCAACAAAUGCCCACGACCAGUGGAAUCUCCUCCGCCGCCACAGUCUUCACUACACAACAAGAACAACCCUGCCCAGGAGCAGAGCCACGCCGGCGAGAGACCGGGUGAUAGACUUCGGGAGGCACAAGGGUAAGAUGCUGGGGACGCUCCCCUCCAGCUACCUCAGGUGGGUCUGCAACAACCUCCGAGCCCGCGACACGGAGGAGUGGGCCCAGCUGGCCGAGCAAGUGCUGCAAGAUCCCGUAUACCGGGACCGGAUGGAGUGGGAGUCGGCGGAGAGGGUGUUGAAUGGUGGGGGUGCUGGUGGGGGUCCGGGGAGUGCGGUACCGGAGCUGCUGGAGAUAAGCGAGAGGUUCGGGUGGGACAACGAGGAUAAGGCCGCGUGGGGUCGGGUGGAUUUCAAGCUUCUGGGCACUUCCAAGGGCGGGAGGAUCCCCAGGAAAUCGGACGACGGGAAGGAGAAGGGGAAGGGGAAAGGGAAGGAGGAGUACUCUGAAUCCGAAUCGCCAUCUCAAGGAGAGGAGAGGAGGAGGGAGAGGAGACACAGGCUGAGGUCGAAGAGAGAAUCAGGUGAAGGUCAAAACCGAACGACCCACGGUGGGAGCCGGAGGGAAGUGAGAAAUGGAGGAGCGGAGGCGGUGCCGGAGCCAAUAUACAACCCAUUUCCCGGGCGGGAAUCGCUGCUGAGGAAGGUGCUCAACGGCAAGGGCCCCCAGUAGCUGUUAGCCAUGAACUCCCAUAAAAUCUCUUUAGCUUUUCUAGUCUUUUUGCAGCUAAAUGAAAGGCACAUGUUGCCCGAGAGAUGUGAAGAGAGUAUCUUUAUCAAUUCAUGUUUUCUUCACGGAAUGGCUUUCUCAGACAUUGAUCUCGGCAAUUCCGUUGGAUGUUGGGGG